UGAAGCAAAACAUUCGCACACGUGUGUUUAUUGCUUGCGUUUUCGUCGUGUUUUUCUAAAUUUUUGCUUCGUUUUGGGAAAAUUGGCCACUCAGUGCGAUGUCGGCUAUAACAGAUCAGCUCGUUCCACCAAAUCGAGACCAAAAUGAAUCAAAUCCAUCGCAAAUAAGCUUCAAAAAGCGGAAAGUAAAGCAUACCAACGAUGAAGUUCGCGAUGAAAUUUCCAGAUUGGAGGAUAUCCUCUUCAGAAAGUCGUCGGCCAAAGCAGACGUCGAAGAAAUUUCAGAGGAUGACCGUCGAAGCGUCUCACCGCCACCUGCAAAAAAGGCCGCAGCCUGGGAGGAUGACGAAGAUUUACACUUGACAGUUGAUCAAGUUGUGAGUGAUGUCAGAAUCGAUCACGUUGUCAGAAAAACAGCCCUGCCUGAGAGCGCCACUUCCGACAGGUACAGCAAGAUGCUGGAGGAAAAGUUUAAAGCUGUGGUCGGAACCCCGAAAUGGGCAGUGUUGCAAGAGCAGACUGACGACAAUGACUUUGCGGCCAAAGUUCUCAGGAAUUCCACAAAGUUAUUUGGGUCCAGUGGCACCCUGGCUACUACAACUUUGAACUACACUAAACUGGCUGACAUGAAUGAAAAAGGAAUCCUGCGUCAGACCGUAAUCACAGCCAUCGACUUUAAUCCGAUGGCACAGAUGUCGGCCGUUGCCAAUCGAUCUGGAAAUGUUUCUUUUUAUCAAGUUGAUGGUGAUAAAAAUUCCCUGCUGCAUAAAGCAGCGUUCAAGAACUAUCCCAUCAGUGCAGCCAAGUUUUCAACUGAUGGUCGAGAACUUUUGAUAGGGUCGGAGCAUAAGACGAGCAUGCAGUGCUUUGAUCUCAAUACGAAUAAAGCCACAGAUAUUCCAGCUCCACUCAAAGGACCAGAAAUAAGCAGUACGGAGCUUUUCUGUUUGUCCGGUAAUGGAGAAUAUGUUGCUCUUGCUGGGAAAGAUGGAACUAUUGCUAUAUUGACAUCGAGCACCAAGGAACUGAUACACACCGUGAAAAUGGGCUCAAAAUGCAAUGCGCUUAACUUUUCUACAGAUUCUUCAAAGCUUUUUUCUUAUGGCACUGACGGAAAAGUAUACGUCUGGGACGUUAAACAACGGAAGUGUCUGCACAGGUUUGUGGACGAAGGAUGUCUCGGAGGUUUGACCAUGUCCCUCUCAGCAGGAGACCAGUAUUUGGCUCUGGGCUCCACUUCAGGUGUGGUCAAUAUUUACGAAAAGGACUCGUUCUUCCCCAAAGGAAGCGAAUUAUCAAUGUAUCCCCAGCCUGCGAAAGCAAUCAUGAAUUUGACCACAGCUGCGGACUUUGUUCAUUUUAAUCCUUCGGCUCAAAUCCUGGCCAUUGCUUCAAAACUCCAACAUAAGGCUUUGAAGCUUAUGCAUCUUCCCUCGAUGACAGUCUUCAAAAAUUUCCCUGAGCGCAGUUUGGAACUUGGCAGGGUAAAUCACGUUGCAUUUUCACCCAACAGUGGAUAUAUGGCUGUAGGAACCAACAUUGGCAUGGCAAAAUUGAUAAGAUUACAUCACUUUAGCAACUACUAAGACCAUCUAAUAAAGUUUAAAAUAUUACGUAA